AGACAUAAAUAUCUUAGGUUUAUAAUUAUAAUGAUACUUUGAUGGUUGAUUAAUCAGAAUGUCUUCUAUAGCAGCUACAAGGGUACAAAGGGAACUAAAGGAUAUUAACUCGGAGUGUUCUGGUCAAAAUAUUAGAAUUGAAUUAAUGAAUGAUCAGUUUGAACAUUUGAAAGGGGAAAUAAUUGGACCACCAGGCACUCCAUAUCAGGGUGGGAAAUUCAAGCUAAGCAUCCAUAUACCCGAGACUUAUCCAUUCAAUCCACCUAAAGUGAAGUUUGAAACUAAGAUAUGGCAUCCCAAUAUUAGCUCAGUUACUGGAGCAAUUUGCCUUGAUAUUCUAAAAGACCAAUGGGCAGCGGCACUCACCCUUCGCACAGUGUUAUUAUCAUUACAAGCAUUGCUGUCGGCUGCCGAACCAGAUGAUCCACAAGACGCAGUGGUGGCAAAACAAUACAAGGAUAAUAAUUCUCUGUUUUAUAAAACUGCUAAGUUUUGGGCGCAGAUUUAUGCUGAAGCACCAGGACCAACAGACACUGAUUGCAUGGAUAAGCUUAAGAAAGUCACGGAAAUGGGAUUUUACCGGGACCCAUCGUUGCGAGCGUUGUCUUCAAAUUCAUGGAAUUUAGCGGAUGCAUUGGACAACAUAGGAUAAAGAAAAUUUGCAUUUUGUGACAUUUUUCUUUGUGUAGUGGAACAGAGAUGCUUAGUGCUGACUUGCACUUAUAUUCCAAUGCUUACAGUUUCAAUUCCCAUAUUUCGAAAACUUCAUCUGAUAAUAAGUAACCUGAACUUCAAUUUAUGAAUCACAAUGACAGCAUGACUAUGCAACAAUAUGGUUUGUUGUGUCAUAGAAGAUGAAAUAACAAAAAGAUUUUUGUCAUGAUGUCCUUAUUUAAUGAUAUGUUCAAAUUUUCAAUUAAAAUGUGUUUUUUUACUACUUUGAAAA